AUGGCAUUGGCAGCCCAACCUAAGAACUUGCAGAUUGAGAAUGUUGUUUUGAACCUUCCUAGGAACAUUCGGUGCAACAAGUGUAGGAAUACCAUGGCCAAAGACACCAAGAUCAAUUCCCGCAAAGAAAAAUCCUCCGGCAACUUGGAGUAUUUGGGGAUUAAAAACACCAGAUUUCACUUCAGUUGUACCCAGUGCUCGGCUGGGAUCGUCUUAAGGACAAACCCACAAUUGUCACGCGUUCUUUGUGAGUCUGAUGCUACACUAUUUUGUGGUGAUCAACUUCCCGGACGUCUUCCGUAUGGGCUUGAGGAGGACAAGAGUUGUUACCUCUUAAUUCCAGUCCACAAGACCAAGUGUUUAGCCACCUAA